GGUGCGUGACAACAUACUAUUUGGUUCACGAUUUUCACCAACAAGGUAUGUUAAAGUGGUUGAUGUGACUGCACUACAACAUGACCUUGAACUUCUCCCUGGGGGUGAUCUUACUGAAAUUGGAGAAAGAGGAGUCAACAUGAGUGGAGGACAGAAACAAAGAGUUUCUAUGGCUAGAAUUGUUUAUUCUGAUGUUUACAUAUUUGAUGACCCCUUAAGUGCACUUGAUGCUGAUGUUGGCCACCAGGUUUUUAAGAAAUGCAUCCGGGGAGAAUUAAGAGGAAAGACCAGAGUGCUGGUCACGAACCAGUUGUAUUUUCUAUCACAGGUAGACAAAAUUAUAUUGGUGCAUGACAGUGUGGUGAAAGAAGAAGGAACCUUUGAAUAUCUCUCUAAUAAGGGUGAGCUAUUCCAAAAACUGAUGGAAAACGCUGGAAAGAUGUAGGUUUUUACGGAUGAAAGCAAAA